AUGGCGCUUGUGAAGCGUCUCGUCUUUUUGAUGGUGCUGGCAAGAGGUGCUGCUGCGCAGAGUCUUGCUUCGGUACUUUCAGAUGCACCACAAUGUGCUGCCGACUGCUUGAUCACGAUAUUCAGCCAACCUGCUUUUGCGGGGAAGAACCAGAGCGCUAUCUGCGACGACAAGCAAUUCGCCGAUGCGAUAGGUGAUUGUCUAACGGCGAAAUGCACGGUACGACAAACUUUGGAUUUUAUUAAAAUGUCAGCGGCGGUAUGCGGAAUCGAACCGACGGAUAAUAUCCUCCUAUACCGAACGGUUAUUCUUACCAUGGCUGCGUUUGCUCUUGUGUUCUUUGCUCUGAGGGUGUUGACGACGGUCAAGUUGAAGUUGAGAUGGGCUUUGGACGAUACUUUGACUGCGGCGUCGUUUAUACUUAUGAUUCCUACCGUGGUACUAUUACAGUUCAUGAUUAAAAACGGCCUUGGACUCGAUAUAUGGUAUCUCUCCGACUACGAAAUAACAGAAGGCUUCAGGCUCUUCUUCUUCCUCGAACUAUGCUACCUGGCAGCCUUAAUGCUCGUCAAAGCCGCGAUCCUCUGCUUCUUCCUACGAAUCUUCCCCGACAACAAAUUCCGCAUCGUAACAAAAUUCACCAUAGCUUUCAACGUCCUCACCGGUGUCACGUUCUUUAUACUGACAUUCUUUCAAACACAACCGUUGAGCUUCUUUUGGGUGGGAUGGCAGACGAAGGAGUCGAAACGGGUCAUGACGGGAAUUAUACGACUUACGAUGCCCCAUGCGGCAUUAAAUCUGGCGUUAGAUGUUUGGAUGCUUGUUUUGCCGCUAAGUCAACUCUGGGGCGUUGGAUUGAAGUUUAAGAAGAAGUUGGGUGUUAUUGCCAUGUUUAGCGUUGGUAUCUUCCUCACGAUUGUCGCCGCCAUUAGAGUCCACGAACUAGUACUCUUUGCAAGUUCACGCGACUUGACAGUCAUCAACGCUCAAAAGGCCAUGAUCUGGUCCAGCGUCGAGAUUUGCGUGGGCGUCAUGGUAGCUUGCAUGCCACACAUCCGCAAUUUAGUCCGCCACAUGCGAUCCCGACACCGCGAAAAGAAAGGCACCGAAAAAGGACCCGGUAGCGAACAAAUAUUCGUCGAUAGAUCGCUUGCGACAAUAACAGUAGACGAAGCGACAUCGCGACCAGAAAAUGAUGAGGAGAAGGGUACGAAAGCGUCACGGACGAUGACCAGUACAACAGCUGCUGGGACGACGAGUAUACAUACAGGAUCAAUUAGUUUUGCAAGCGAUGCAGAUACACAAGUUUAG